AAUAAUCCCGCCCCUCGCUUGACGGAGGAGCAAGAAAGCCUCCUGCUUACCUGUCAGUUAUUGUCACUGCUAAAUCAUAUGUGCGCAAAUCUUGAAUUUGUUAUAUUUUGAGUUGGACCCCCUGUCCUGACAGGAGGGAGGUACUGUAUCUUGAGCUUUUUUUUAUGAUAGCAUUCGUGUGACGAUGGACAGCCAAGGAAGGAAAGUGGUGGUCUGUGACAAUGGGACAGGGUUCGUCAAGUGUGGCUUUUCCGGCUCCAACUUCCCCGAGCACAUCUUCCCCGCCAUGGUGGGGCGACCGAUCCUGCGGUCGAGCACCAAAGUGGGCAACAUUGAGAUAAAGGACCUGAUGGUGGGGGAUGAGGCCAGCGAGUGUCGCUCCAUGCUGGAGGUGUCCUACCCCAUGGAGAACGGCAUGGUGCGCUGCUGGGAGGACAUGCUCCACCUGUGGGACUACACCUUCGGCGCCGAGUGCCUGGACAUUGAGCCGUCGGAGUGCAAGAUCCUGCUGACGGAGCCGCCCAUGAACCCCACCAAGAACCGGGAGAAGAUCGCCGAGGUCAUGUUCGAGAAGUACCAGUUCCAUGGCAUCUAUGUGGCAAUUCAGGCCGUGCUCACUCUGUACGCUCAGGGUUUGCUGACGGGCGUGGUCGUCGACUCGGGGGACGGCGUCACCCACAUCUGUCCCGUGUACGAGGGCUACUCCUUGCCCCACCUGACGCGGCGGCUGGACAUCGCGGGCCGUGACAUCACGCGCUACCUCAUCAAGCUCCUGCUUCUGCGCGGCUACGCCUUCAACCACACCGCCGACUUUGAGACGGUGCGCAUGCUGAAGGAGAAGCUCUGCUACGUGGCGUACAACAUCGAACAGGAGCAGCGGCUGGCCACCGAGACCACCUACCUGAUGGAGACGUUCACGCUCCCCGACGGCCGGCAGGUGAACGUGGGCGGCGAGAGGUUCGGGGCCCCCGAGGCCCUCUUCCAGCCGCACCUCGUCAACGUGGAGGGAGCGGGCGUGGCCGAGCUGCUGUUCAACACCAUCCAGGCCGCAGACAUGGACCUCAGGGCAGACUUCUAUAAGCACAUUGUUCUGUCCGGAGGGAGCACCAUGUAUCCGGGCCUCCCAUCCCGACUGGAGAGGGAGAUCAAGCAGCUCUACCUGGAGCGAGUGCUGGACGGGGACACGCAGAAACUAUCCAAGUUCAAGAUUCGCAUCGAGGACCCGCCCAGACGCAAGCACAUGGUUUUCCUGGGCGGCGCCGUGCUGGCCAACAUCAUGAAGGACAAGGACUCCUUCUGGCUGAGCAGGGCCGACUACCAGGAGAAGGGCCUCGGGGUGCUGCAACAACUGGGAGGCGGAAUCAGAUGAAUAAAGAUUCAAUAAAUAAAGGCAUCAACUUCUUAUUUCUCAUAGCCACAUGUGCUCUACUAAUUGUUUCAAUCAAUUCAUCCGUAGAUCAGUUUAUGCAAUAAGUGAGCAAUAUUUGUAGACCAAACAGAAUCGCACUCAUUCUUUUCCUGUAGAUUAAUUAGGCUAAUAUUUAAACUGGUUGUUAUCCUGGUUAGAAUGAAAUCACUUUUUGACUUUAAUAACAGCAAAACCAUAACUAAAGAGCCCUUAAACUACUUUUUCAGCAUAAUCUUAAUCUUCAUAAUUGAUUGUAAAAGACUGGAGGAUUGUUUGCUUUGUGUUAUGAUUGUCAUGUAUAUGUACAGUGACGCCGACGUCUGCAUUGAAUUAGCAGUUUUCAAACACCUUUUUAAAAUGUGUCUUUUUGACUCAACCUCAUGCAAAGCUCAAACAAUCAAGACUGAGACCCAACACAGAAGAAAAGAAAUGGAAACUGGACUCACGGAGGGAAUUGAAACUCAAGCUGCCUCAUGUGGAAGGAGAAUAAUGUGUCGGUAAAGGAUCGAGACCACCAGUGGCUGUUAUGGAAAAUGUGAAAUGUUUAAAAUUGUAAUAAAACUUUAGCCUGCCAGACCAGAUACGAAA